GCACACUUUACUUCCAUUACUCCAUUACCACCCGAACAUCACCAUGACAAUCACCACCCCACCCACCCACUUCGACGUGAUCGUUGUCGGAGGCGGCAACGCAGCCCUCGUCUCGGCCCUCUCAGCCCAUCAAUCCGGCGCCCGAGUCGCCAUCUUCGAAGCCGCUCCCCAGGCUGAACGCGGCGGAAACAGUCGAUUCUCGUCAGGAAUCUUCCGCAUCCCGCAUGAUGGACUCACCUCCGUGACUCCUCUCCUCGAUCCCAUUUCCCUCGACGAUGUGAAGUAUUGUCGUAUGGCUCCCUACACCGCGGAGACAUACCGGGGAGAUCUUCAUCGCACGAGUAAAGGCCAGGGAGAUCGGGAACAGAUCGCCGUCAUGUUGGAACAAGCCAUGGAUACGGUAUCUUGGAUGAAAGAUACCCUCGGUGUGCGGUGGCAACUCCCACUAGGGAAGUUCUUUGAUCGCGAGAAUAUCAUCCGUGCACAGGGUGUGGUUGAUCUCCCGCCCUGGGAUACCAUCAUGGCUAUUGGCGAGGGGACAGGACUUAUGAAAGCCCUAUGGGCCGCGGUCGAGCGUACCGAUAUCGCUAUCUUCCACGCCAGUCCUGUAUCCGAUUUGAUCCUCGACGGUGAUAGCAUCCGGGGCGUCCGGGUCCGUCAGCGCCAAGCCACGGUUAGCUUCCUAGCCGAGCAAGUCAUCCUAGGCUGUGGCGGGUUCGAAGCCUCAGCUCGCCUACGUCGACAGUAUCUAGGCGAGGGAUGGGAUCUGGUCUCCCUGCGAGGGAGCCGCUUCAACACGGGGACGUUGAUGGAGAAGGCUGUUGCGGCGGGGGCCGGGGUAGCCGGUCACUUUGGUGGAUGCCAUGCCACGCCGCAUGACUUGCAUGCGCCUAAGGUGCUUUCUCCGGCGGAUACCGAUUCGAUGAGUCGGUAUAGUUUCCCCUACUCGGUAAUGGUUAAUGUCGAGGGGAGGCGGUUCCUCGACGAAGGCGAGAACCAUUUCAGUCUGACGUAUGCGAAGACAGGGGC